AUGUCACGAUUUGUACCAGCCGGUACAGAUGUCGAUUCACUACCACCAGACGACGCUUGGCUAAAGGCAAAACAACAAGUAGAAGCCCAAAAGAAAGUGAAGGCCGCGGAAGGAGGUCAACAGGAAGGAGGCAAGAGCCUGUACGAAGUAUUGCAACAAAACAAAGCUGCCAAGCAGGAAGCAUUCGAAGAAUCCAUCCGCUUGAAAAACCAGUUUCGUCCUCUGGAUGAGGAUGAAGUCGACUUUCUUGAUUCUGUGCUAGAGUCAAACAGAGCCAAGGAGGAUGCCGUCAAGAACGAGACUGCUGAACAGCUCGAGGCCUUCCGAAAACAACGUGCCCUGGCUGAACAAGCUCUUCUGAACCAGCAGGCAAACGACGAAGUGGGAAAGCUUGACGCUCCGGUGGGUAGGGCUGCGUGGGUGACUCAAAAGAAAAAGCGCCGCCGCGACAAGGAGAGCGAAUCUGGACAGGAUCCUAAGUCUAGGAAACUGUCGUCCCCCACGGACGAUCAAGGCCCUGCAUCGGUGCAACCGAAUUCACUCACUUCCGAUCGUACAAAUGCAACAGAUGCAAGGCCCGAAGAUAAAAAGUCGCCCACACAGUCUCAGACGGAUCCUCCCAAGGUGACCCCAGUCGGACUAGAUUUGGGCGACUACAGCUCUGAUGACGAUUAA